CAGAACCACGCCCCCACCUUGGGACAGACCCGGAAGCGGCGGCGUUGCUCGAGGGGGAAGAUGGCGCCCUCGGGGCUGAAGGCGGUGGUGGGGGAAAAAAUUCUGAGUGGAGUCAUUCGAAGCGUCAAAAAGGAUGGGGAGUGGAAGGUGCUCAUCAUGGACCAUCCAAGCAUGCGUAUCCUGUCGUCCUGCUGUAAAAUGUCAGACAUCCUGGCUGAGGGCAUCACCAUUGUUGAAGACAUCAACAAACGGCGCGAACCCAUCCCCAGUCUGGAAGCCAUUUAUUUGCUGAGCCCCACGGAGAAGUCGGUUCAGGCACUGAUCGCAGACUUCCGGGGAACCCCGACCUUCACCUACAAAGCAGCACACAUCUUCUUCACUGAUACCUGCCCCGAGCCCCUGUUCAGUGAGCUGGGCCGCUCUCGCCUGGCAAAGGUGGUGAAGACGCUGAAAGAAAUCCACCUUGCCUUCCUCCCCUACGAGGCCCAGGUGUUCUCCCUGGAUGUCCCUCACAGCACUUACAACCUCUACUGCCCCUUCCGGGCAGGGGAGCGAGCGCGGCAGCUUGAGGCACUGGCCCAGCAAAUUGCUACACUGUGUGCCACUCUGCAGGAGUACCCAGCCAUCCGCUACCGCAAGGGUCCAGAGGACACAGCCCAGUUGGCCCAUGCAGUCCUGGCCAAGCUGAAUGCCUUCAAGGCGGACACUCCCAGUCUGGGCGAGGGCCCUGAGAAGACCCGCUCACAGCUGCUGAUUGUGGACCGGGCAGCAGACCCUGUGUCCCCACUGCUGCAUGAGCUAACGUUCCAGGCCAUGGCUUAUGACCUGUUGGACAUUGAACAGGACACAUACAGGUAUGAGACCACCGGGCUGAGUGAGGCUCGGGAGAAGGCCGUGCUGCUGGAUGAGGACGACGACCUGUGGGUGGAGCUUCGACACAUGCACAUUGCUGAUGUGUCCAAGAGGGUCACGGAGCUUUUGAAGACAUUCUGUGAGAGCAAGAGGAUGACCACUGACAAGGCCAACAUCAAAGACCUGUCCCACAUUCUGAAAAAGAUGCCGCAGUACCAGAAGGAGCUGAACAAGUAUUCUACGCACCUGCAUCUAGCCGACGACUGCAUGAAGCGCUUCAAGGGCUCUGUGGAGAAGCUGUGCAGUGUGGAGCAGGACCUGGCCAUGGGCUCUGACGCAGAGGGCGAGAAGAUCAAGGAUGCCAUGAAAUUGAUCGUCCCCGUGCUGCUGGAUGCAGCGGUGCCACCUUAUGACAAGAUCCGGGUCCUGUUACUCUACAUCCUCCUACGGAAUGGUGUGAGCGAGGAGAACCUGGCCAAGCUGAUCCAGCAUGCCAACGUGCAGGCCUACAGCAGCCUUGUCCGGAACCUGGAGCAGCUGGGGGGCACCGUCACCAAUCCUGGGGGCUCAGGGACUUCAAUCCGGUUGGAGCGGAGGGAACGCUCGGAGCCCACCUAUCAGCUGUCCCGCUGGACUCCGAUCAUCAAGGACGUGAUGGAGGAUGUGGUGGAGGACCGCCUGGACCGGAAGCUGUGGCCCUUCGUGUCUGACCCUGCUCCCUCAUCCAGCUCCCAGGCUGCUGUCAGUGCCCGCUUUGGCCACUGGCACAAGAACAAGGUGGGCACCGAGGCUCGGCCUGGACCUAGGCUCAUUGUGUACAUCGUGGGUGGUGUGGCCAUGUCAGAGAUGAGAGCCGCCUAUGAAGUGACCAGGGCCACUGAGGGCAAGUGGGAGGUACUUAUUGGCUCGUCACACAUUCUCACCCCAACCCGAUUCCUGGAUGACCUCAAGACACUGGACCAGAAGCUGGAGGACAUUUCCCUGCCCUGACCUUAUGCCCCACCUCUGAUUCCUCCCUUUACAGAGAAAUAAAUCUGCCCUCUCUCCA